UGUCGCAGUUAACCAGUGAUCCCACUUUCAUGCACACAUUGUUGCAUAAAACUGUAAUACUGAGCAAGGUAGCCAGAGUUCUUGAAAUCGCGUAGUGUUCUUCUUCUUUUCUGAACACCUCAGUCAGUGAGCAGAAGUCGGCGCAACUGCUUGUUCAAAAUUUUGCGCCCAGCUUUCGUUUUCUCACUAAACACCAGUUUGGUCAUGCAUGUGUUCCAAACGCUGUUUUCGCGACUUGAUCGCCAUCGAAUCUUUUACCUGCUGUGGCUGCUCUUCUUGCUGAAUAUCUUCACCUUCAAACAGCUGACGCUAAAUGAGGAUGACAUUGACGGUAAAGAGAGGGUUAUCGUCAAGCGCAUCGACCGAUCCAUACUUCGGCAACUUGACAUGAAAAAAAUUCUCAUGUGGAAUCCAUGGUAUGGUGACUUUGGCUUCGCGCUAGACGACGAUUUUGCUUUCAGUCGUGUGGGAUGCAAGUUUACCAACUGCAUCUUGUCAAAAAACAAAAAUAUAGUUACGCCGGAGCAGGCAGAUGCAAUAGUCUUCCUCUACACGAACUUGUGCGAGUUACCAAAAGUUCACGGUCGCCAGGAAUUUCAGCGAUUCGUUUUGUUAACGGAUGACCCGCCAAUGUGCUACCCGCGGAAUUAUUUUGAAAGGACGAACCUGUUUGGAAGUUUCUUCAAUUGGACAAUUUCUUAUCGCGAAAACGCCGAUGUAACAUGGAAAAGGGGCUGGAUCGAGAAGGUGGAAAAGCCAACAAAGAAGAAUUCACUCGCACAAAUCCGGUUACGAUCUAAUGAUAAGAAAAAGAAACUAGUCGGUUGGUACGUAGCUCGAUGUGGAUCCAUGAGCAAGCGGGAAGGAUACAUUAAUGAGUUGAAAGAAUAUAUACAAGUGGACAGCUUCGGCCCAUGUGGCAAUAUGAGCUGUCCUGAAACCAAUGGGUCGCCAGGUGAAGCCCUUCAACCCUGUCUCGAUAUGUUAGCCGAUAACUACAAAUUCGUUCUGGCAUUCGAGCGUUUUAUUUGUGACGAUUUUGUUACCAAAAGGUUUUUUGAUAUUCUCAGCCGCGAGACAGUGCCUAUUGUCUUUGGGGGCGCUGAUUACGCGCGAAUAGCACCACCGCAUUCUUUUAUCGAUGCGCUUUCGUUCAACCCCAGGCAAUUAGCCGAUCGCUUAUUGGAACUUGAUAAGAGUGAUCGGCAAUACUUUCGUCAUUUUUGGUGGAAAGAUUUUUAUCAGGUUCAUUCAGGCUACCAGGAAUUAUCUACCCGGCCAUUUUGCGAUUUGUGCGAAAAGCUCAAUAGUAAUCUCCCUCGCAAAGUUUAUCGGGAUAUCGAUGCGUGGUGGUACAACAGCACAAAGUGCUCUGGCCCGGAAGACCAUGGUAUCGUGAUACGCAACAAGGGAAACGAGGACUUACACAGCAUCCAAAUCCCAUGGUCUUUGGAUGACUAACCUGUUCAAAGUGUGCAAACCGUAGCAGUUCAAGUCAAAAGCGCAUAGUUCAAUCUACAAUGAGCUUAUAUUUUCUGCGUUUGAGAUGUGAUGACGCCGUGAUUUUCUGUUCAGCAAUACACAGAAUACUAUUUCA